GGCUCCUCUGUGCAGGUUGUUUACGGCCGCCGUGGACUUUACCUGCAGCACAUGACACACAAUGGAGAUGGAAAUGAAAGGAAAUUCUUCUCAGCCUCUUACAUGCAAUAAUGGCAGUGAAAGGAUUGACCCCUAUGGCUUUGAGAGGCGUCACGAUUUUGAAUCCUACAAGGAGAUGAUGAACGAGUACGUAUCCGUCCUCAACAGGAGGUCGAUGAGAUGGUCCAAACUGCUUCAAGAGAAGCCACACGUGGAGAAGAACUUGACAGUGAAAAGGUAUGUGCGGAAAGGCGUGCCUAAUGAGCACCGGGCCAGGAUCUGGAUGGCGGCCAGUGGUGCACAGGAACAACUGGAGAGCAACCCGGGUUAUUACCAGUCUCUGCUGACCAUGGAGCACGACGGCAAGCUUAAGGAGACCAUUCAAACAGACAUGCACAGGACUUUUCCUGACAACGUCCUCUUCAGAGGAGGAGAGCCGAGCCUCCAGAGCGCUCUUUACAACGUGUUGCUGGCCUAUGGACACCAUAAUAAGGACGUGGGGUACUGUCAGGGCAUGAACUUCAUUGCAGGCUACCUCAUGAUCAUCACCAAAGAUGAGGAGAAGUCCUUCUGGCUCAUGGAUGCGCUGUUGGGCCGAAUGCUCCCAGACUUCUACAGCCCAGCCAUGUUGGGCCUGAAGACUGACCAGGAGGUCCUUGGGGAGCUGGUGAAGGCAAAAGCUCCUGCAGUAGGACAGCUCAUGGCCCAGUAUCCUGGCAUAUGGACACUGGUGGUGUCCCGCUGGUUCAUCUGCCUCUACAUUGACAUACUCCCAAUUGAGACAGUUCUGCGGGUCUGGGACUGUCUUUUCUACGAGGGCUCAAAAGUUCUUUUCCGUGUUGCCCUUACUCUCAUAAUCCACCACCAGCCAGAGAUCCUGAGAGCUCGCUCUUUGUGCGAUGUGUGCGAGUGCUUCAAACAAAUCACCAGUGGAGCGUUCACUCUGGACUGCCACACAUUCAUGCAGAAAAUCUUUACAGAACCGGGGAGUCUGUCGAUGUCCACUAUUGAUAAACUGAGAGACAAAUGCAGACAGCGAAUACUGGAGGAAGAAUCUGGACGGCCAUGAACUGUUGGAUCCAGCAUUUAUCUCUGUUUGGCUGGAUUACAAAAACAGCUCUCAUUAACUCCGUACCAUCAGGCACCAAAUAGACAAACUGGGUAUUUUUUGGCUGCUGCUGUUAAAAAUUGCUUUUCACACUCUAAUAGACUGAAUAUCUAAAGGAUGUGCUGAAGCUUCCUUGACCGUGUAGAUUUUUUUACUG